GGUGCAAAUUAAUUUUAGUUUGCUUUACUAAAAUUUAAAUUAAAAACUCAACAUGGACUUCCAAAAUCGCGCCGGUGGCAAAACCGGUAGCGGUGGGGUGGCCUCCUGGUCGGAGACAAAUCGCGACCGCAAGGAACGUCUACGUCAAUUGGCUCUGGAGACCAUCGAUUUGAACAAGGAUCCAUAUUUUAUGAAGAACCAUUUGGGUUCGUACGAGUGCAAACUGUGUCUCACGCUGCACAACAACGAGGGCAGCUAUCUGGCCCAUACGCAGGGUAAAAAGCAUCAAGAGAAUCUGGCACGUCGUGCCGCCAAAGAAGCAAAGGAGGCGCCCUCAUCUCUACUCGCGCCGGAAAAACCACGCGUUGAACCCAAAAAAUUUGUGAAAAUUGGCCGUCCCGGCUAUCGAGUGACCAAACAACGGGAGCCGAGUAAUGGCCAGCAAUCGUUGCUAUUCCAAAUCGAUUAUCCAGAGAUUACCGAGUCAAUUGUACCGCGACAUAGGUUUAUGUCUGCAUAUGAGCAAAAGAUUGAACCGCCAGAUCGCAAAUGGCAGUAUCUGCUCUUUGCCUCUGAACCCUAUGAAACAAUUGGCUUUAAGGUGCCCUCACGUGAGGUGGAGAAAGCCGAAGGUAAGUUCUGGACGCACUGGAAUCGUGACACAAAGCAAUUCUUCUUGCAAUUCGCCUUUAAAUUCGAACCGAAAAUUAUGCCGCCGCCACCGCCAAAUCUACAUAGGGCAUUGGGUCCACCAGCUGGUUUUCCAAUGCCUGGACCGCCGCGACCGGCCAUGCAUCCCAUGUUCAAUGGAGUCCCGCCACCACCUCCCAUGUAAACUGCAUCAAUUUUAAACAAAUUCAAUAAAUUUAAAUAACUUUUGUACACUAAUAUUAGCACUCUUUGGGGCUAUCAAUAAAACUUAAAACUAAUAAAGGCAUUUUCCAAAAACAAA